CGUUCUCUCCCUGUUCAAGACGCUAUCCCCUUCAUUGCCCCCAAAUCCCAAAUCUAGGGUUUCAUUAUCGCUGAGAGCUCUUCGAGUGGAUCUCGAAGAGCUACAACCCCAAACUAAUCUCCAAUCAUGACGACUGGCACUGCCAUCAGCAAGAAGAGAAAGUUCGUUGCAGACGGAGUCUUCUUCGCUGAGCUCAAUGAGGUCCUGACGAGAGAGCUCGCCGAGGACGGUUACUCCGGCGUCGAGGUUAGGGUUACGCCGAUGAGGACCGAGAUCAUCAUUCGCGCCACGAGAACGCAGAAUGUCCUUGGUGAGAGGGGGAGGAGGAUUAGGGAACUGACUUCUGUGGUUCAGAAGAGGUUCAAUUUCCCCGAGAAUGGCGUGGAGCUUUAUGCAGAGAAGGUUAACAACAGGGGGCUUUGCGCAAUUGCACAGGCUGAAUCUCUUAGAUACAAGCUUCUUGGGGGACUUGCUGUCCGAAGGGCUUGCUAUGGAGUUCUGCGAUUUGUUAUGGAAAAUGGUGCUAAGGGAUGUGAGGUCAUUGUCAGUGGGAAGCUAAGGGCUCAACGUGCAAAGUCAAUGAAGUUUAAGGAUGGUUACAUGAUUUCCUCCGGCCAACCGGUCAAUGAAUACAUUGACUCUGCUGUUAGACAUGUUCUUCUUAGGCAGGGGGUUCUAGGCAUCAAAGUGAAGAUCAUGUUGGCUUGGGAUCCAAAGGGCAAACAGGGCCCUAUGACUCCAUUGCCCGAUCUCGUUACGAUUCAUAUGCCGAAGGAUGAGGAAGAGUACAUCAGGCCACCUCCUGUGCCUCAGGAUAUUGAGAUUGGGGGCUUAGAAUGAGAGAUGAGCUGAUUUUAUUUAUAGUUGUUUUUAUAUCAGCAAAACUGAUAUACUUUUUUUUGUAGCUACAAUUUUGCUCGACUUGUCCAGGUUUUAUUUAUUCUCGGUUUUCGAGGCCAUGAACGUUCUGUUUUGUGGUAAUUUUUGGUAAUUGAAAAUGUUAUUAUUUUGUUUAUUA